AUGAGUGAUUAAACCAAUUUGAUUACCUACAUCAUUAAAUUAGAGAGCACUUACACUAAAUUAAAACAAAAGAUGAUAAGAGAAAAGAAUAUGUUUAAGAGCGUUCUUUAAAAGUAAAAUUUGAAUAUAUUGAGUUUAUCUUAAAAUUUAGGUGUCAAAUGCAAUGAAACAUAUUUCGAUUCUUUGGUUAUUUAGGAAGAGGAUCCUCUAACCAAUUGGAAUGUAUUGCUCAACAAGCAAGAUAAUGUCAUAAGAAUAAGGAAAGAUAUUGCCAAAAAAGAAGCCAUUUAAGUUAAAUAAAAGAGAAAGAGGAGAACAAAGGAGGAAAUGCAACAGACAACUCAGAUGUAGUGA